CCCGGGCGGCCCCGGAGGAGGAAGAUGGCGCCGUGAGGGGGUCGGAGCCGCCGCCGCCGCCGCUCCGGCCGAAUUUUGAAGAUAAUGGCACAGUUUCCAAAGUAAAUAAAUUGUUGUGAGAAGCAAAGGAGCCGCCUCUGAGCAAACCUACCAAUCGUGCUGGUGUGAGCGGUCCAGCUGGCUGCUAGCAGGCGUUUCCUCCAGCUGGACAUGGGUUCUCAUGGGCUGGCGCGGUUGAUCAAGAGACAGCAUGGCUGCGACUGCUGCCGUCAGCCCCAGUGAAUACCUGCAGCCGGCCGCCUCCACUGCCCAGGACUCCCAGCCGUCUCCCCUUGCCCUCCUCGCAGCGACAUGUAGCAAAAUUGGUCCCCCCGCAGUGGAAGCCGCUGUGACUCCUCCUGCCCCUCCUCAGCCAACGCCUCGCAAACUUGUCCCCAUCAAACCUGCUCCGCUCCCUCUGGGCUCCGGUAAGAACAGCAUUGGGAUCCUGUCGUCGAAAGGGAACCUCUUCCAGAUCCAGGGCUCUCAGGUUGGCACCUCCUACCCUGGGGGGCAGCUGGUUUUUGCCAUUCAGAACCCAACUGUCAUCAACAAGGGCACCCGCUCCUCCGCCAACAUCCAGUACCAAGCCAUGCCCCAGAUCCAGGCUGCGGGGGGACAGACCAUCCAGGUCCAGCCCAACCUCACCAACCAGAUCCAGAUUAUUCCGGGCACGAAUCAAGCGAUCCUCACCCCUUCCUCUUCCUCUCACAAGCCCGUGCCCAUCAAACCGGCUCCGGCACAGAAGGGGGGAGCUUCACCUGUGCAGGGCACAAGCAACGUGGUCAAGUUAGCCAGCGGCAGCAACGUGACCCUUACCCUGCCCGUGAACAACUUGGUGAACGCUGCUGAGCCGGGCGCGCAGGCACAGAUUCUUGCAGAGAGCCCCUCAAAGCCCAGCAAAAAGACUCGAAAGAAAGCCGUGUCGCCCGCCCAGCCUGCCGCCGUGGCCGUGGCCGAGCAGGUGGAGACGGUGUUAAUAGAGACCACGGCGGAAAACAUCAUCCAGGCGGGUAACAACCUGCUCAUCGUGCAGAGCCCGGGCUCUGGCCAACCGGCCGUGGUGCAGCAGGUCCAGGUGGUGCAGCCCAAGCAGGAUUCGCAGGUGGUGCAGAUCCCGCAGCAAGCCCUGCGCGUGGUCCAGGCCGCCUCCGCCACGCUCCCCACCGUCCCCCAAAAAUCCUCACAGAACUUCCAGAUCCAGACGACGGAACCUACUCCUACCCAGGUCUACUUCAAAACGCCGUCGGGUGAGCUGCAGACAGUGCUGCUCCAGGAAGCCCCAGCCAUGACGGUGGCUCCGUCUGGGACCUCUUGCAGCAGCCCCGUGUCCCGCAGCUCCGGCACGGGGGGUAGCAGCAAGAAACCAACCACGCGCAAGGAACGCACCCUGCCAAAGAUCGCUCCGGCCGGAGGCAUCAUCAGCUUGAACGCAGCUCAGCUGGCAGCCGCAGCGCAGGCCAUGCAGACCAUCAACAUCAACGGUGUGCAAGUCCAAGGCGUGCCUGUCACCAUCACCAACAACGGAGGCCAACAGCAACUGACUGUGCAGAACGUGUCCGGCAACAACCUGACCAUCAGCGGCCUGAGCCCGACCCAGAUCCAGCUCCAGAUGGAGCAAGCCUUGUCCGGAGAGAUGCAGCCGGGGGAGAAGAGGCGGCGGAUGGCGUGUACCUGCCCCAACUGCAAGGACGGGGAGAAGAGGCCGGGGGACCCAGGGAAGAAGAAGCACAUCUGCCACAUCCCCGAGUGCGGGAGGACCUUCCGCAAAACGUCGCUGCUGCGUGCUCACGUGCGCUUGCACACGGGCGAACGGCCUUUCGUCUGCAACUGGGUCUUCUGCGGGAAGCGCUUCACGCGCAGCGACGAGCUGCAGCGACACGCUCGCACACACACAGGUGACAAGCGAUUCGAGUGCGCGCAGUGCCAGAAACGCUUCAUGCGGAGCGACCACCUGACGAAGCACUAUAAAACCCACCUGGUCACCAAGAACUUGUAGGGCCGGGAGCUGCCCCCACGGCUGCGCGGUCAGACCCGGCGAGGGCACCAGCCUGCGACGCCGCAGCACUCCAGCGUCCCCGGCCGCGGCUGCCCGCGGAGAGGAGCCCUCGGUAACCGUCCUCCUGCCCUUCCUGUGACGCCGGCUGUGCCCCCCACGUGAAGAAACCCUUUCCGAAGGGUGCGAGGGGCCGACCCAGGUUCAGGGGGUGGCCCCGGCGGUGGCCCCGGAGCCUGGCAAAACGUCUCGGAGCCGAUCGCGGAAGGGACCGCACGCUCCGGUGCGGGCGGGCCGGGAGAGGCUCCACAGCACAUUCCUACUUUAUAUUUAAAGUCUAUAAAUAGCUAUAAAUAUCUAUAUAACCCCCUUUGGAAGGUCCCUUUUUUCUAUGGAGAUUGUUGCCUUACUCUCCCUGCUCCCGAUUACCAACACUGUGUAUUGUGAGUGCUUUUUUUAAUCUUUAUUUAAUUUCUCUGUAAGAUGCUGCCCAUCUUCUUGCCCCCCUUUUCUCCUAACGUUUCUUUUCCAAUACUGAAGAGUUGUGGGGUUUUGUUUUGGUUUUUUUUGUCUCUCCGACGAUUUCUUUCUCCCCGCUUUUCCGUUUCCAAGUGACGUGGCGUUUCCUUUUGAAUUUUGGGACUUCAUCCCCCUUUCCUUCCCCCCCCGUGCUGCCCGCCAUCCCCACUGUGUAUAGUGUACAUUGUAUCAUAGAUUAUAUUGCUUUUGUGUUUACUACAUGUUUAAAAAAAAAAAAUAUGGCUUGUUAUUUUUGAGCUUUUAAAUUAAACAAAUCCACUUUAUUUUUUAGUUGUAACUGCCCGACGUUGUUUUCUCGAUUACGUGACAGAUCUGUUAUACUUUAUUAACUGUAACUGGUUGGCUGGUGUGGAUUCAGCCGGGAGCUUUCCUUGCUAAAUAAAUUUGGUCACCAGAGGCAAAU